UCAAAUCUGGAUGGAAUAAACGAAAACGGUUCGAGACUUUCAUGAGUGUCUUCCUUCCUUCUCUCUCUCUUUCUGUGUGAGAUAUUGCAUCUUAACUUAAGCCAUGGAUUCGAAAGAUGAAAACUUGGAGCUGAUCAACGUGGCAAUCAAGAGGCUCUUAAAGGAGAGCGAAAACAGCGAAGCCUCCUCCGCUGACGGCGUUUUACAAGGCGGUGAUGAUGAUGAUAAAGAUGAGGACCGCCGCCUCCUCCACCGAUUGCUCUCUCAGUUGGAGUCAUUGAAAGCUAAUGACGGGAUUCAACCACCCAAAUCUUCAACCAAACCCUCCGCAGAUGGGGAAUUGGAGCCGCAAAGAGAGGGCGGUGGCAGAGUGGAUGGGGAUGAUGGCGGUGGGGCUGAAACUGAUACGGAACGAAUUGUGAAAGAACUAAACAAGGUGCAGAAACAGAACAGCGUCAUUCAGUGGCUGCUUUCGGUCAUGAUUGUGCUUACUGUCGCCUGGCAAGCCUCUGAGAUGACUAUGAUUUGGAAACUCAAAGACGGAAUCAGAAACCCCUUUCGAUGGAUAGGAGGGAUGCUGAAGGAGAAGAAGGACUCGGAAGAACACCACCGGAGUGAGUCUCCUUCUCCUCCCUUCCCUCAAAAUACCUGAGUUCCCCUUACCAGAUGUUAAUCUAAGUGAAAAGCAUUGAACUUUUCGACAAAAAAGAAGAGUCGAUCGUGUGUUGCCUGCUUUGUUUUUCGCCUGCUCCGGUUCAAAUUCGAGAAUAACAUUGAAUAUAAUUUAGGUAUAAUGUUGUUGUUAAUGUUGACAUCUUUGAAGCUUCUAUGUACUGGUUUGGUAUUGAGGUGCU